AUGGAGGAAGGGGCGGCGGCGGCCGCUGGGUGUCCUGCAGGGGUCCCCGAGGCCCAGAAGUGUUCGGACGCAGAUUCGAACUCCGACCAGGAGAAAGAAGGAACCCAUAAGCUUGGAGAACUGGGCAAGGACACCCUCUACCUGAGGUCUUGCUGGGCCCACAGCGUUGUGCCUGCUUCCUGCUUUCUGCGCCAAGGGAGCACCCCAGAGCUCAACCUGCAGCACCGUGGCCUGGGGCCCCAGGCUGCCCAGGCUCUGGCUUCUGUGUUGACCUCCAAUCCCUACAUCAAGCGGCUGGAACUUCGGGACAGUGGGUUCUGUGGGGCCGGCACGGAGGCCCUGGCAGGUGCUCUGAGCAAAAGCAGUAUCUGUGAUGUGGACCUGUCGGAGAACCAGCUGGGAGUGGUGGGAGCCUGGGCUGUCUGUGCUGCCCUGGCGGUGAACCCGGCUGUGCAGAAGGCACAGCUGGCAGGGAACGGCCUGGAGGAGCAGGUGACCCAGUACCUUGCUGAACUCCUGCUGGCCCACACAGGCCUGAAACCCCUGCACCUGAGCUAUAACCAGCUGAAUGACCAAGCAGGGGAGAUGCUUGGACCAGCCCUGGCAGAAAACACAGGACUCACUGAGCUUAACAUAAGCUGGAAUUACCUGCGAGGCCCAGGAAAUGUAGCCUUCGCCAGGGUACUAGAGUCAAACAUCUUCCUGAAGGUCUUGGACAUCUCGUAUAAUGGCUGUGGGGAUCCAGGAGCCUCCGCACUGGGGGGGCUCAAGACCAACAACAUGUUGGUGGAGGUCUACACGAGCAACAACCGCAUCUCUGCAGUGGGAGCCCUGAGCCUGGGCCUGCAGGUCAACCAGACACUGAGGAUUCCUGUGUCCAGGAAUCCCAUGCGAAGUGAAGGCUGCUUUGCUGUUCUCAGGUCUGUCCAGGCUAAUCCACUGUCUGCCCUAGAGCUGCUGGAUUUUUCUGAUAUCCAUGUGAACAGAGAGUUUGAUGACCUCACCAGCUCAGUGAAAGUCACUCUUCCAGGGCUUUGCAUAACUGCCCACAGAGUGGAGUACAAAAAAGAAUUCCUGCCCAUCUUCACACCGUCUGAAUGA